CCAGCCCUGUGGGUAUCUAGAGGAGAACAUUCAGGUGGCAGGAAAAGCAAGUGCAAAUGCUCAGAGGCAGGGAUGCGCUUGCCCUGACUCUUAAAGAAAGUCUCUGUUUUUGGACUAUUGCCUCCAAGCCACCCCAACUGUUUUGUUUUAACACAUCUACUUACAUUUUUUCAUGGAUUAAAUACGUAUAUGCUUUAUUUAUUUAUUUUUAUUUUCUGUGUGUCCUAGACAAAAUAACAAGCAAAGGGUUUAAAGGCAGAUAAACCAAAGUGAGUAGACUGCUCUACCACUGAUUAGCUGUGUGGCUUCCAAGUCACCUUCCUCUGAACAUCCUUUCAGGAAUAUGGCAAGGUUUCCAUCUAAUGUCCAUAAAGCCCCUAGCAUCUUUCCCCACAACCUCCCCACUCUCACCACAGGCCCCACCUUCCUCCCCCACCCCAUUCCAGCCAUACUGAUCUUUGGCUGGGUUUCUAGAGCAGCUCAGGUUCUUUCCUGCCUCAGGGCCUUUACACUGCCUGUGCCUCCCACCUAGAAAGCUUAUCCCUUAGGCACCUCAAUCAUUCAGGUCACUUCCUCAGAGUCCCUUACAGACUAUACUUUCUAAAAUAGGUGCCCCCUGCCAGAAUACUCUUUAUUCCAGCAUUCCUUUGCAAUUCUUAUCAGAAUUUGUAAGUAUUUAGUUUUUUUGGCCUGUUUACUGUCUCAUGUAUUGGACUAUGGGCACCAGGAGGGCAGGGACCAUGGUUGUCAGUCAAGUUAGCGCCCCAGUGGCUGGUACAGGUAGGCAUUCAAUGCCUGAUUUUGGAAUAAAGGAAAGGGUGGGUGGGCAGUGAAUCCUAGAGAAUGGUGGCCAUAUUGAUGAUGAGGAGAAGGAUGCGUUACCUCUGCAUUGUCUGCUCUUUUCGACUCCCUCUGUUUGAGGGGGUUAUUUUUGUUCAGGUUACCUGUUAUUUUUAAUUAUCAGAGAUUUAAGGCCAUAUGAGCUUGCAGCUAAGAGCACAGAUGAUGGAGAACAGGGAUUCAAUCCCAGCUCUGUCCCUUGCUGGCCAUGUGGCCCUCCGCUUGGUCAGGAUUGAGUGACCUGGUGCUGAAGUGCUGGGGCACAAGGCCCAGCACACAGUAGUGUCUUAACGGGUUGGCUGUGACCGGCUGCAAGGCCGACCUGGGCCCCAAAGGGUCCCCACCCGUGUUCACACCAUGCUCCCACAGGUGUACCCGGCCUGCAAGGCCCUGGCGGUGCUGGAGCCCUACUCGCGGCUGCCUCACCACUGCCACGUGGCCCGGCCAGUGGAGGUCCUGACGGGCACGCGGCACCUCUACGCCUUCUUCCCGCGGCCGCAUGGGGACAUGCACAGCCUGGUGCGCCGCCGGCGGCGCCUCCUGGAGCCCGAGGCCACCGCGCUCUUCCGCCAGAUGGCCGCCAUCCUGGCGCACUGCCACCAGCACGGGCUGGUCCUGCGCGACCUCAAGCUGCAGCGCUUCGUCUUUACUGACCCGGAGAGGACAAAGCUGGUGCUGGAGAACCUGGAGGAUGCCUGUGUGCUGACCGGGCCUGACGACUCCUUGUGGGACAAGCACGUGUGCCCAGCCUAUGUGGGCCCCGAGAUCCUCAGUUCCCGGCCAUCCUACUCCGGCAAGGCAGCAGACGUCUGGAGCCUGGGCGUGGCACUCUUCACCAUGCUGGCCGGCCACUACCCCUUCCAGGACUCAGAGCCUGCCCUGCUCUUUGGCAAGAUCCUCCGUGGGGCCUUCGCCCUGCCCGAGGGCCUCUCAGCCCCGGCCCGCUGCCUGGUCCGCUGCCUCCUCCGAAGGGAGCCAGCUGAGCGGCUCACGGCCUCAGGCAUCCUGCUGCACCCUUGGCUGCGAGAGAAUGUGAUCCCUACACCCCCCUCGCGAUCCAGCCUCUGCGAGGCUGACCAGGUGGUCCCAGAAGGGCUGGGGCUGGAGGAGGCGGAGGAGGAAGGAGAGAGAGAUGCAUGUCUCUACGGCUAACGCCACCCUACUGGACUCUCAGCCUCAGACUGCCAAGCUGAGGCUAGGGUAUCUCUAAGCUCUCUCCUGCCUCUUUGAACUGAGCCGAACCUUAAGUGCCUUCUGGGAGGGAGAGAGGAGGAGGUGUGUGUGGGGCGUGCUGGAUGCACACACCUGUGCACAUGAGCCCGUGCCUCACCGAGUCCUCGGGAGCUCGCUGUGCCAAGCCCCGCUCCCAGUGCUGGGAACACAGCAGUUAACGACAGAGGCAAAACUCCUGCUCACAGAGUCGACAACACUUUCCAUGCCCACCGGGCAGUGUCUACACUGAGCACCCACAGUGCAGGUAUCAGCAUCCACUCAUGCUGAUGCCCAGGUACCUCUGACAUGGGACAGUCCCUUUCACAAACAACCCAGCUGCCUUUGUAUCUUGCACCCUUUCAGAGAAAGGGAAGCACCCCUGUGCCAAAGGCUCCAGGCCUCUCCCCUGUAACUCAGGACUCUAGAGCCCAGACCGUGCUGGGAAUUGUGCUCCCAGCAGCUCUGUCCUCUUGGUCAAGGGCUUCUCCAUCCAGGCCUGAGCCAAGGAUUUGGGGUGGAAGAUCAGGAGUGCAAAUGGUGAGGCUGGUCUUCAUCUAACUCAAAGAGUAGUUUGGAGUGAAGGGCCAGGCCUGUCCACCUCAGUGGCCCCUGACCUGAGCACCAGAGUUGGGGGCCGGGAUCAGGCAGGUUCUGUCCCCUGGCCUCCUGAAAAGUCCCAAGCUCUGUUCUGGGGACACUUGGGGUCCAGGACCCCGUAUCAACACUGUGGGUUUUGGAUGCCAUGAGUAUAUGUUUUUAUCUUGUGCCUAAUAAAGGAAUUAUGAA